UCCGUUUUCCUUGCCAGUUAAGUUACAACUACAUCUCAAAAUAAAGAACAAAAACAAAAAACAACUUCACCAUCUUUACUCACUUUUUGAGAUCGCCGCCACCGCCACACAUUUAUUUCCCUCACCCAAAAAGGGAAACCCAAAAUCCUCACUUCAAGUUCCUUCCCCUUUUUCCCUCUUCUCCUCGUGAAAAAAAUUAAUUAAGAAAAAAAAAAAACGAAAGACAAUGUAACAGAGAGAGAGAGAGAGAAAAAGUUGUGUGUAUUUCUGGGAAUUCAUUUUCCUCUCUCAUCGAAAAUUUUCCGUCCGUUGAUUGAACCGAAUUCAUGGGGUACUCGUUUGAUCCAACGGUCAACGACACACCAACCCUUUUCCUCUUUGAUAACAAAAAUUAAAACUUGUUGGCCUUCCAGUGUUUAUUAUCUCGGCGGGUUCGAUUCCUUUGUUUGGUUCUUCGACGGACACAUAAAGGGAAAGAGCCAAAAGAGAAAAUGAGGUUCGCCAAGUCUCAGGUGUGGCAACCAUGCAAGAAGAAGAGGCUUUGAUUUUAGAGACAGAAAUUCUAUUAUUUUUUAGAGAGAGAGAGAGAAAGAGAAGGACUUUGAAAAGAAGAAGAAGAAAGAAAGAAAGAAAGAAAGAAAGAAAGAAAGAAAGAAAGAAGAUGUCGUCACGUUCGGGGCAAGGUGGUGGUGGGAGCUCGAGGACCCGUGUGGGGAAGUACGAGCUGGGUCGAACCCUGGGCGAGGGCAAUUUCGCGAAGGUUAAGUUUGCGAGGCACGUUGGUACUGGUGAGAACGUGGCCAUCAAGAUUCUUGACAAGGAGAAAGUUCUCAAGCACAAAAUGAUUGGCCAGAUAAAACGAGAAAUAUCAACAAUGAAACUGAUUAGACACCCAAAUGUCAUACGCAUGUACGAGGUGAUGGCUAGCAAAACAAAGAUAUACAUUGUACUGGAGUUUGUGACUGGAGGGGAGCUGUUUGAUAAAAUUGCUCGCAACGGAAGGUUGAAAGAAGAUGAAGCAAGAAAAUAUUUUCAACAGCUUAUAUGUGCUGUAGAUUACUGCCAUAGUAGAGGUGUUUUCCACAGAGACUUAAAGCCGGAGAAUUUGUUGCUGGAUGCUAACGGAGUGCUUAAAGUAUCUGAUUUUGGAUUGAGUGCAUUGCCUCAACAAGUUCGGGAAGAUGGGCUACUUCACACAACAUGUGGUACGCCAAAUUAUGUUGCUCCAGAGGUGAUACACAACAAAGGCUAUGAUGGUGCAAAGGCAGAUCUUUGGUCAUGUGGUGUUAUUCUUUUUGUUUUAAUGGCUGGCUAUUUGCCCUUCGAAGAAAACAAUCUUAUGGCUUUAUAUAAAAAGAUUUUCAAGGCUGAGUUCACAUGUCCUCCAUGGUUCUCUUCAAGUGCAAAGAAGCUAAUCAAAAGAAUCCUUGAUCCGAGUCCUGCUACUCGGAUUACAAUUGCUGAGGUCAUUGAGAACGAGUGGUUCAAGAAGGGAUAUAAGCCUCCCGUAUUUGAACAGGCUAAUGUUAGUCUUGAUGAUGUAAAUUCUAUUUUCAGUGAAUCUAUGGAUUCACAAAAUCUUGUUGUUGAGAGGCGUGAGGUUGGGCCUGUGGCACCUGUGACCAUGAAUGCAUUUGAGCUUAUAUCUAAAUCUCAGGGCCUCAACCUUAGUAGUCUUUUUGAGAAGCAAAUGGGACUUGUUAAAAGGGAAACAAGAUUCACAUCCAAAUGUUCAGCAAAUGAGAUAAUCUCAAAAAUUGAGCAAGCUGCAGGACCUCUGGGUUUUGAUGUUAAGAAGAACAACUGUAAGUUGAAGAUUCAAGGGGAAAAGACUGGAAGGAAAGGUCACCUAUCUGUUUCCACUGAGAUCUUUGAGGUGGCCCCUUCGCUUUACAUGGUUGAGCUACGUAAGGCUGAAGGAGAUACUCUGGAAUUUCACAAGUUCUACAAGAGUCUAUCAACUGGGCUGAAAGAUAUUGUUUGGAAAGCUGACCCUAUCGAUGAAGAAAAAGAUGGUGCCAGUACUUCAAAAUAAUUUUGUCCAAACCUUCAUCUUUGUAUAAAGUAAAAUCACCUACAUGCCUUAUUGGCUCAAGAGUGCGUUGCUUCAAGGAUUCUGUCAUGGAUUCCCCCCUCUUUCAUAUUUGAAAAUUUGCCUUUAUUUGACCCUGUACAUCAAAUAAGCUUUUUAUUAUUAUUAUUAUUAUUUUUUAUUGUGACAAACAACUUUUUACAAAUGUAUAAGGAAAACUGGUUGUUCAACAGAAGUAAGAGUUUUUUAGCAUUUAUCUGAUACAUUUUAUUGAACAAUUU